GGGAGAAGCGGAUGAAAAACAAUUGUUCAGCGAAAGUUUUCUAUGAAAAUUAUUAAAUACCUCAUGAAUAUUAAUCAGAGCGCGUUGGCGUUACUUGGGAACCUGCCAAUGCUCUUCACCGGUUGGCUCGUGCCGGUUAGGCCCCGCCCACCGCGGCUACAGCGCCGGCGGAGCGCUCGAGACACACACCUGAGACACACACACCUCAGAGACACACACACCUGAGACACACAUACACACACCCGAGAGACACACACACCUGAGACACACACAUACACACACCUCAGAGACACACACACACACCGGAGAGACACGUUCAGCUCCCGCCGAAGCAGGACAGCAUGAGAACGGAUGGAGACGGUGUUAGUGACCGCGCUGUGUUUGCUCUGGACCACAACCUCAGCUGAGCGGCCGCCGGAGCCCCGCGAUGUCCACUUCUACUCGGAGAACCUGAGGAACCUGGUGCGCUGGACGCCGGGAGCGGGAUCCGGCAGGGACACCCUCUACACCGUGGAGUACGCUGUUUACGGCGAGGAGGAGGAGAGCGGCUCUGGCCGGCUGAGGUGGAGGCGUGUGGAGCUCUGCAGCUCCGUCCCUCAGAGCCCGUGUGACGUGUCCCCGGAGACCUCCCGCCUGGGGGACGAGUACUACGCCAGGGUCCGGGCCCUCAGCGCCAACACCUCGUCUGCCUGGAGCGAGAGCAGCGGCCGCUUCUACCCCGCGCUCGACACGAUCCUCGGGCCGCCGCUGCUGGAGCUGACGGUGCUGCAGAACUACGUCAACGUCUCCAUCACGGGGCCCUUCAGAUGGAGGCCGAAGAGGACGAAGAAGGAGAGGUCGCUCUGGAAGGUCUUCCCACACAUGAUGUACAACGUCUCUGUGUUCUACAGCAGGAGCAAUCACACGGAGUACAGGUUUCUUAACAAUGGGAGCCUGACUCUGGGCCCCCUGGACUUCUCCACCCAGAUCUGCGUGAGGGUCCAGGCCCAGUCUCGCUCUCGGCCGCUGGCCUGCACUCCCAGCGAGUGGCGGUGCGUGGAGACGUCCAGAGACCCGUUCAGAGAUCAGCUGCUGGCUGCGAUGCUGGGCGGUGUGCUUCCGUCUGCGCUCUGUCUGUGUGUGCUAGCUGUGCUCGGGGGACUCAUCCACUGCUACGUCACCGACCACCGGCAGAGACUACCCAAGAGCACGGAAAUGCUGGGUCUGAGCGAAAGGCUUUACACCUUCCAGCCAGAAGUCCCUCCGACAUAUAUCUUUAAGAUCAAGGUGUGCGGCGAGGAGCCCCCUGGUCCUCAGCUGCUAAGUGAUGAGGUCUGGUCAGCGGAGGAUGCCCAGGCUCUGGUCCCGGCGCCGGUGUGUUACGCUCAGCAGAACGCCGCUCCUCCACCAGACGAGGAGGACUCUGAGAGCGUGGCGUCCGAGCCGCCGGAGCACAGCGAGGACGGGGAUUACGGCAUCGUGCUGCCGGCCGCCGUCCCAAACCAGAGCAGCCCGUACCAGACGCAAGAACACACCCUGCCGCCUGUGAGCGCCCGCGAGGACGAGCCAGGCGACCAGGAGCAGACCUUCCUGGACUGGAGCCCAGAGACCCGCGAGCUGAAGAUCCCUCUGAUGGGCUCGUUAGGCCGGGUCCAGACCGAAGCCGGCGCUCUGCUGCCAAACCUCAUCCUGAGACAGAGCUCGGAGGAGAGCGGCGAGCCCGACCACUUCAGCAGGAUGGAGCGAGACUGGGGCCUCGUCGUCCGGUCCGGCCCCGACUGACCACGAUUAGCAGCGUCCAGGAUAAACGUUCUUGUUCAUAUUCGUUGUGCGUAUUCAUUAUGUACAUAUAUAAGUACACACUCAUGUAUAUUUCAGAAAAAUAUGUUAGUUAAAUGAAUUGUGUUUAAUAUUAAGAUAUACAGAUAAUAAAUAGACACAGCACAGUGUGCUGGUAAAAACACCACUGAUUGUUUGACCGCACUGCUUCACAUGCUGUAUACUGUGUAUGUUUAUUAUACACACACGUAUGUGAUCUAAUGAAGGUUUUUCAGUAGUCUUUGUUUUCUCGUUUCGUGAACUCGAGACCUCGUGAGCGAAACCUGCUCCUCUAGCUUCUGUAUUCCAUUACAGUUAAUUAUGGCCACUUUUCCCCCAAAGCCCCAGAAGGAAAUAAACUCAGUUCGCCUGAGCCACGUAUCAGAAAACGUCCAGUGCCCGGCCAUUAAAAAAGAGUGUUUCACAGCAAAGCCCUCCAGACGUCUACACCUCUUUUAUAAUAUAGAGAAAAUGUGCGAUGAGAAAGAUAAGUACUGUGGUGUCCGGCAAUCAUUUUCUGAUAAUACAGUGCAAACAUGUAAAGAAGCGGACAAACAGACCGUGCUUUGUGAAACAUCAGACUGUAUUACACUGUGCAGAAAAAGGAAUUAUGUUGGAGGGAUGAACUUUUUCUUACAUAUAAAUAUAUAUUUGAAGACUCAAAGCUUAGCUUGUGUGUGUGUAAUGACUAGUUCUGUCAUUUGUUUAAGCUGUCAUGAAACAAUAAACAUGAACCUGAGAAGCGUUUA